UAACUGGUACAGCCAGCAAACUGAUCAGUCUGGCGAGACUAGCACAUAACAACUUGACCACAUCAGACCUGAAGAAAACAAAGAAGUCUUCUUUCGACAUUAUCAGCUAGAGUUAGAAGAUAUACGUUUAUAUUUUUUAGAUUGUCAUAAUACAUUCGACAGUAAUGCCAUCUGACAGACCUUUCAAACAAAGAAGGACAUUUGCUGAUCGCUGCAAAGAGGUGCAGCAGAUCCGCGACCAGCACCCCAACAAGAUCCCAGUGAUCAUUGAGCGGUACAAGGGGGAGAAGCAGCUUCCUGUGUUGGACAAGACCAAGUUCCUGGUUCCUGACCAUGUUAACAUGAGUGAGCUGGUCAAGAUUAUCAGGCGCCGUUUGCAGCUGAACCCCACCCAGGCCUUCUUCCUGUUGGUGAACCAGCACAGCAUGGUGAGCGUGUCUACCCCCAUUUCUGAGAUCUACGAGCAGGAGAGAGACGAAGACGGCUUUCUAUACAUGGUGUACGCCUCCCAGGAGACCUUCGGCUGCUAGGGAGGAAGAGGAUGAGGAAGGGGGGAUGAGAGGGAAUCUGAGAAGAAGAGGAAGAGAGAAAGAAAUAUGCGCCCACUGGGUUUAUCCAAUAAGGAUCAUGGAUAAACAUCACUGAGUUCCCAUCCCCUAUUCCCCCAACCAACAUCCGGAUUCCCCAUCCCGUGGCCCCACGCCCCUAGUUCCUGACCUCCCAUCCCAGUACCCCUGCUCUCUUGCUCUGUGUAGUAGGGCUAGUUAGAGGUACUCUUGGAGGACCAGUCCCACAGGUCAUGACAUAUAAUUGUCCUUUCCUUUCGCUUUUUACUCUGUCGUCAUACUCUCAUUACCAGGACCUGCGGCUAUAAUCAUAGCACCUCACAUGGCUAGGGUUUGUAAAUAGAUUUUUCACCCGGACACUACAUUUAUUUUGUAUUGAUCCCGUUUUGAGUUAUGUAUUUGGUUGUUUUAAAAUAGUGUCGUCCUAAAUGAGUUUUCCCCCUGUGUGUUAACAGACAGCUAUAAAAUCCACCAAGGUAACCCACAGUAUGUAGUGCGUUCAAGUCCUGAGAGAUGCUACGCUAAAUAUAAGCCACCAUUGAACACUAUUCACCCCUUAAUAAGCUAAGACAGUGUUGUUCUUAGUUUACUGACAUCUCUUCUGUUUCUCUCCACACAGCCUUCACUAUCUGUAGUCAUUUAGCUAGUAUGGGGAAUCAGAUGGAAGGUGUUCGUUUCUAGCAAUUCCCAUUCCUGAGGAUAUCUAGGCCCGGCCCAGAAACAUCCUCUUGUUGCUUGUCUCAGGAUUUAUGGACGUUCACCAGAUUGGUGGCUGUUUCAAUAGGUCUAUAGAAGGGUAAGAUGGAGCUGCUAUUGCCUUGCUUCAUCCAAUCUCGUUUCCUCAGAUCUAAAGUCCAGGGCAAAAGUAACUUGGGGUUAGCGAUGCAUGUUUUGUAACAAUGGGUUGCCAGGCUUGGCAGAGUAUGUGACUCACAGUUGUCGAAGCAGAAAUUCAGCCAAACUGGGAUGACCCAGGCUACAAAACAGGCCCCCUCCUGGUUUCUGGGCCAGGCCUGACCUAGCUAGCUGAGUAAUAUUGGCGCUGGAGGCUAAUCUGCACAAUGCUCUGCUAGGGAUAUGAUGUGUGUUGUGAUAUUUGUUGGUAGAGUAAAGCGGUAACUAGUAUAUAAUGUAGGAACAAGUACGCUUAUUUGCACAUUAUAAAUUAAAAAGAAAUAUAAGACUCGGCAUUGAAUUUAGAAAUGACUGUAUAACAUCUAUUCAUUUUGUAUGUACUGUUUUCUUCUUCCCUGUAGUACACCAUAUGAACAUGUGUGUGUAUGUAUGUAGGUGUGUGUGUGUGUCUGCCUUUGGGUGAAAUGACUUGGGGAACUAGCAGGGCGUGAAACACUACACACCUUGCAUGUUUUCCACAACUUGUUUUUUUAAUUAAGCAAUAGUUAUAAUUGUUUUUAACUUUAUUUAAUUACCAAUCUUUUUAGAUUUGUCCAAACCAAAAACCGAAAGAAAUGUUUAUGUAUGAAACAAGUGUAUGUAUAAUCCAUCAUAUGUUAUCAACUCUGUUACAAAAAGUGUGUUUAUUUGAAAAUUCUGAUAUUGUAACUAAUUCAAGGAGUGUACAUAGCAACAUUGCUACAUCAUUUUAAGCAUUUGCCAAUAAAGAUGUUGCCUUGGAAAAUG